AUGGAUGCGGCGGGCCAAGCCGCAGCCCUGGACCACGCUCAAAGUCCCCAAGAACUCCUCCAGCAGGCACAGAAUCUGGUUGUGCAAUUGAACAGGCCACAUGGAAUCUCUCCCGGAGACUUGCAAUUGAUACAGGAAAGUCUACAGCAAAUCCAGCGGCUGCCGCAGGGAUGGGAGGUGGCUCGAGGACUCUUGGACAAUGCUGAUCCAGACACCAGGUUUUUCGGCGCGUUGACAUUUAUUGUGAAGAUAAAUCAGAGCUGGUCUGACCUUUCCGAUGAAUCAGUUCAACAACUGAAAGCCCAUCUUAUAAGCCGCUUUGUCGCCCUUGUUGACGCGCAAGAAAGGCCGCAUGUCAUCAGGAAACUUGCCUCUGUUUUGGUUGCUGUAUUCUUUAAUGACGAAUCAUGGUCUCGCCCUCUUCGAGACAUCGCAGCUUCCUUUCACAGCAAUGGCCGAGAAGCGUACUCUGGAAUCGACUUUGAGGGGACAGUAUUGCCGGCCCUAAAUGAGGUUCAGAUCACAGGAUUGCUUUCAUUUUCAGUCACGGUAGCCGAGGAAGCCGUGAAAAACAGCAGCUUGGUUCGAGAGAGCGGCGACCAUCCUGUGACAGACAGUAUAAGCGAUGCUUUCUGCUUAUGUGACUAUGUCCUGGGAGUCUUGCUAAACCAACUCUCAGUUGGUGGCGACAUAUCUGAUACAAAGGCUGGAUCUGAUGCAUUGGAUUCUUGUCGCGCAUGGCUCAAGGUCCGAACUUCUAUUUACUUUCGGAAUCGCUCCGAGUCAGAUCACAUGCAAAGCACAGUAGAUCGUCUCAUCCAGUGCAUCAGCAUCCCAACGCUCUCCCGUAAUGCAACAGAUGUCCUGUCGGAUAUGCUCAGGAAUGAAAACCGCCUAUUGAAACAACCACACCGCGAAUAUAUUCUGAGUUAUAUAGAGAGCGACCAGGGAGCCAAACUAGCACAGCGUCUGCAAGAGGGCGAUUAUGACGAUGACGCCAUGGCAUUCUGGGAACUCAUUGACGCAUAUACCUCCUCGAAAAAGGCGGAGCUUGUCAGCGGCAGCCUUGGCCCGAGUCAUGCAGUACUGUUAAGAUAUCUCGAUAUGCUAUUCCAAGGACCGGGUUACCCAGGAGUCGAUGACAUAAUAUCCCCUCGUCUCCUAGAAUGGUGGACUGAGACUGCAGACGAUUUGCAAGACGGUCUAGAGCAUGGACUUCAAGAGGCUCGUCAGAGCCUUGCAGGUGCUGUGGUCAAUGUUUACAGGCGCCUUAAAUGGCCUGCACACGAAGAAUUUGUCCAGUGGGACGCUGACGAAAGAAGCGAGUUCUCCAAUUUCAGGCGCGACACUGAAGAUUUCCUACUCUCCGUAUAUCCAACUCUGGGCACAGAACUGAUAGAGUUAUUCCGGCAAAAGGCUGUCUCUGCUUUGGAAAUGAGAGCCUGGGAUGAAUUUGAAUCCGCUUCCUUCUGCCUAGCCCAACUCUCCGAGGCAGUUGACGAUAACGACGAUGCUCUCGCCCACUUAAAUGCUAUAUUCAUUCUAAAUAGAUUCACGGAGAUCUGUUUAAACAGCGAUCAAUUACCCAUCAAGACCCGACAGACAUUGGUGGACAUGCUUGGGAAAUAUCAAAGCUACUUUGAACGGAACCCGAGUCUUCUGCCCCAAGUGCUCACAUUCUUGUUCUCGUCAUUGAAUGUUGGAUCGUGCACCAAUACAGCAUCACGAUCAAUUGGAUUCCUUAGCAAAUCAUGCCGACAAGCACUAGUUACUGAGCUUCCUGUAUUUCUAAAGAUCUGCAGCGAGUUCCAGCAAAGCAAAGCCGUGACUGUGCAGAGCUUAGAACGUGUUGUAGAAGGAAUUGCUGCCGUUGUUCAGGCUCUCCCAUCUGACGCGGCAAAAGCACCCUACAUAGAAGAGCUAUUAGGGCCAUUCUUCUCGCAGUCGGCAUCUGCACGAGAUGAUGCGCAAAGGGGGGAUCUCGAUUCCGCUCACUCUCGGGGUCAUCUAGCCCUCAAAUGCAUUGCAGGCAUUGGACGGGGACUUCGAAGCGAUACUGAACAGGUAAUUGAUCUUGAACGUGAGGGAACAUCUUCUGACGAUAAUUCAUUUUGGAGCGGACAUCCUAUCCAAGAACAACUGAGUCAAUGUCUAUUGGUUUACCUGAAUGGGUUCCCCCUAGACCACACAAUCAUCGAGGGUAUCUGCGAAGUACUAAAAGCCGGCUUCACGGAGACUACGGGUCCAUUCGUAUUCAGACCAGCAAUUAUAGCCCAUUUUCUCACAGCGAUUCCACUUGGAAGUGCUGGAGCCGCAGACGUGAUGAUGAGCACAGCAUCAUCGUUUCUCGCUUCCCACCAAAGAAACCCAGGAAAGGUCCACGAGGAAGCUGCACUCCUAUUCAUCCACGUAUACUGGGCAUUUUCAGUCAUGAUGCAAAACCCGGAAAACCACGACCCCGAAGUCUCGAAUAGCGGAAUUGCAUUCUUGACUCGCUCACUACCCAAGUACCACCAAAUCCUCUUCACAUUGACAUCAACUCCGCGGUCAUCGAACCGGCCCACGGAAGAAGCAGCACCGGUAUUACAGACGAUUCUUAAUUUCGUGAGCAGCGCACUUGGCGGCCGCGAACCACUACCGUUGCGCUCAGCGGCCCAGUUUUGGGUCAGCGUCCUCACACUGCCUAACGGGACGACAACAAAUCAUACAGUCACGAACGUGUCUCGUGCCAUCAUCCAUGAAUAUCUGCCGAGUCUCUGCCAUGUGCUAAUGACGCAGUUGAGCGGCUCCUGCGCAAGAUCGGACAUCAACCACCUUUGCGAAGUGCUCAAGAAAAUCGUGUUUAAGUUCCAGGGCGAAGCGCGUCCUUAUUUGACUGCUUCGCUAGCAUCGCUUUCCGGUCCAAAGGAGCAGAUUUCCUCACCUGGGGGCUUGUCAAAGGAUAAGGAGAGGUUUUUGGCAAUGGUGAUUGGGGCGAGAGGAGGAUCGGCCACGCAGGAGAUUGUUCGUUCUUAUUGGGUUAGCUGUCGUGGUGCGGGCUUUGCAUAUACUUGA